CAUGUGGUGUUGGAUGUGCUCACCCCGAUUCUCCCUAAGCAAAGCGAUCCAAGAUGGCCAAAUCACGGAUGGGGAUGAAGGCAGCAGGACUGGCGACGAUGGCCAGUUUGGCGAGCUCCUACGCGCUGCCAGGCUCAGAUUUCUCGGGAUCGCUCUUCACAAGGCAAGGUAUCAGUGAUGCGGCAUGGCCGUACGGACCUUUCUCGACCAGCGGACGCGACGUUGUCAACGCCAGAGGAGAAGCUGUGACCUGGGCUGGUGUCAAUUGGCCUGGCAGUGGCGAGACAAUGGUGCCAGAAGGGUUGGAGUGGGCUUCUGUUGAGGACAUCAUUGACCAGAUCCACUCUGUGGGAUUCAAUUUCAUUCGCCUCACCUACGCGAUCGAGCAGGUGGAUCAGGUGUAUCUUCGCAACAUGAGCGAUGUGCCUUUGGAGGUUGCAAUGAUUAAUGCCCUAGGCUACGAGAACGGCACCAAGGUGACAAGAGAAAUUGUUGAGAAGAAUCCAGGGUGGACGAAAGACACUGGACGCUUCCAGAUCUGGGACGACAUUGCCAAGGCUGCAGCUGCCCGCGAAAUCUAUGUACAUCCGGAUGUGCAUGUUGGCAAGGCACAGUGGUGCUGUAACAACACGGAUGGCAAUGCUUGGUUCGAUGAUUACAACUUCCCGGUCGACAACUGGCAUCGAGGUCUGAAGUUUGUGGCAGAGUGGGCGAAGGGCCACUCGAACGUAGUGAGCAUGGCACUUCGUAACGAGCUCAGACGCGCGAUCAACAUGACAGAUGGCGGAAAGACCUACGACUAUAACUGGGUCACUCUCGUUGGCAAUAACACUGCUGCUACCGAUGCAAUUCACUCAGUCAAUCCCGACAUUUUGGUCAGCUGGAGUGGCAUGCAAUACGACCAAGAUCUUUCAGCUGUCACCAGCGGUCUCAACCUCCGCACGGCACCUUGCUACAAAUGUGAUGCGAUCCGUGACGGCUAUGCUGACGAGCCACUUAUAUUCAGUCUUGCCGACCAUCCUUGGGCCGAUAAGGUGUUUUACGAGCUGCACAUAUACAGCAUGACAGAAGAUCUGGACGUUACGAACAGCAACAUUACUGAAGCUCAACUGUACCGCAACGGGUUCAAUGCUCUGGGCAUCGACAAGCCAGCAGCUUGCGAGGCUAUUGGUGGUUGUCCAGAGGCAGUUCGACAGACGCCCGUCAUCAUGAGCGAGUUCGGUCAUGCCCAGGACGCAACUCUUCUGAACGAUACCUUGCAAGGCUUUAUUCGAAACUACACGACUGCAAACAACAUCAGCUGGUCAGUGUGGAGUCUUGCUGGGUCGUAUCGAAUCCGAUCUGGAGGCCAGGGUGUGCCCGACACGUGGGCCUUGGGCAAUUACGAGUGGAAUGGGUGGAACUACGACGAGGGGAUUGAACAGUGGUGGAAGCCAUGGGUUCAGGCAAUGCUUGGAUAG